AUGUGAACACUGUUAAACUGAUAAACGUAUAAACUGUUUAACUGAUAAACUGUUAAACUGAUAAACGUAUAAACUGUUUAACUCUUAAACUCUUAUAAUCUCAUAAUCCUGAUUCAUUACCAGGAAAAUAUGAAGAUAAGGUUAAUGAUGUGUGUCCCACAAUGCACCGCGGCCCCGUUCUGUUUCCGGCGGCGUGCAGCGUCGCUUCGGGGCCUCAACUCAGACACAGAUGUUCCCGUUUCUACCGGGAGUUUUCGGUGCUAAGGGGUCCGAGCGGCGGCUCCCGGCGGGCCGGUGAACCGGAUGCCGCUCACGGUGCGGAACUCUUCCCGGAGGAGGAGAAAGACGCCGGAGAAGAAGCUCCCGGAGCGGCCGGAGGAGGCGACUUCUUCCGCUGCUGCUCGGGUGAUGGCGCCCAUGAGGAUGAAGCUGCGGGCGCGUCGCCAUGACAACGCGCCCGCAGCCGCGCAGGCGGGAGGCGACCGAGAGGAGGAGGAGGAGGAGCCAGAGGAGGGGGGGCGGAGCCGAGGCAGCGGCAGGAGGAGGAAGGCGCCCGACGCGGCGGCGGCGGCGCCCGACGCCUCCUGGUCCCCUCCGGCCUCGGUGCGGGCGGCCAUGGCGGCGGCGGAGGAGGCGUCGCCCGACUCCAAAUGCCCGAUCUGCCUGGACCGCUUCACCAACCUGGCGCACCUGGACCGCUGCCUGCACCGCUUCUGCUUCCCCUGCAUCCGCGAGUGGUCGCGCAGCAAGGCGGAGUGUCCGCUCUGCAAGCAGCCGUUCGCCUCCAUCCUGCACUCGGUGCGCGGCGAGGACGACUUCAAGGAGUACACGCUGCGGCCGCCGCCCGCCAACAGCAGCGUGGCGGCCACCGUCGCCAUGGUGGCCGCCAUGGCGUCGGCCGCGAGGAGCGACCACCAGAUGAGGCUGAUGCUGAGGAGGCACAGGGGGGCGGACGGCGGGGAGGCGGCGGCGAGGAGGCGGUGGGGGGGGGGAGGGGGGGGCAGGAGGGCGGGGGUGUGGGAGUGGUAUCUGGACACCCCUCCUCUCACGCUCCCUCCUCUUCCUCGCCAUCCCGACGUUUCUCCCGUCGCGGCGGAGGACAGCGAGGAGGGGGAGGAGCCGGGGGAGGGCGGGACGCGAGGCGGCGCCGACCCGACGGAGCGCGGCGUGAUAUUCGAGGGGCUGACGGGCCUCGGCGGCGCGGCGGCGCCCGACGACCGGGCGGCGCGGCGCCUGAUGACUCGCCUGGCGGCGCGGCGGCGGCUGCAGCGAGAGGGCGGCGCGGUGCGGCGGCUGAGGGAGAGGGAGACCGUGGCCUUCCGCCGCGCCCUCUACCGCAACGCCGUGCGGGUCGCCGCCGCCGGUAACCACGGGCAACAGCGCGACAUCACGGCGGAGAGCUUCCGCCGGAACCCCAGCCACCUGAACAGGCUCCGCCCCUGGCUGCGGCGAGAGCUCACGGUGCUGUACGGCGCCCACGGCUCGCUGGUCGACAUCGUCCAGCGGAUCAUCAUGGCGAGGGUCGCCCGCCACGGCCUGGAGGACACGCCCACCAUAGAAGAAGAGCUGCGGCAAUUCCUGUUGGCGCGCACCGACCACUUCCUGCACGAGCUGGUGAGCUUCGCCCGCUCGCCGCUCAGCCUGGAGAGCUACGACCUGCAGGCGGCGUACGAGCCGCCGGCCGCCGCCGUGGAGCUGGACGGCACGAGCUCCUCCUCCGACGUCAGCUCCGUCAUCGCCAUCUCGGAGGAAGAGGAAGAGGAGGAGCCGGCCGGAGGAGGAGGGGCGGCGGAGCGGCCGGCGGCGUGCGGCGCUCGAGACGACGCCCUCCGAGCGGGGAGCGGCCUCGGCACGGCGGCCUGGGACGACGAGACGCCGGGCCCCUCCUACUCCACCGCGGACGCGCCGCGAUCGCUCGCCUCGCCGCCGUUAAGCCACGCCCCUCGAGAGGAGGCGGACGAGGAGGGAGGAGCCAAGGAGGAGGAGUGUCUGAUUGUGGGAUACAAGAAGCCGAUCGCGGAGCGGACUCCUGAGCUGGUGCAGCUCUCCUCCGACACCGAGGAGGAGGAGGAGGAGGAGGAGCCUCCCCGCCUCCCCCCCCCCGCCCCCCCCCUCUCUUACCUACCCACAAUGCCUCCCUCCACGUCGGGCGAGCCGAAGGAGAGAGACUCGUGGUCGGGCGGCUCUGGGAACUCCGUCUGCGCGCUCAGCCCGGCGGCGCCCGACGAGAGAGAGCGGCGCCCGGCGGGAGACGGGAAGUCUGGCGGUGGCGAGAUGGCAAGAGAGAAGAGGAAGAAGAGGAGGAAGAAGAGGAGGAGCGGCACCCUGUCCAACCCCAACCGCUCCAUCUACCCCGCCAUGAUGCGCCACCGCUCGCACUCCUCCUCGCCUGACUCCACCUGGGAGUUCCACUGCGCCCAGGUGUCCCCGCUCACCUCCUCGCCCUCCCGUUGCUCCUCUUCCUCCUUCUCCUCUUCCUCCUCCCCGCCGCCGGCGCCGACGCCUUCGCUCUCCCCCGACGGCCGCCGCGGGGAGAAACCCGGCGGGAAGAGGAAGUACAAGAGCCGCCACCUGGACGGCGCCGACGGGGACCCGAGCCGGAGGCCGGGCGGCGAGGAGGAGGCGAGGAGGAGGCGCGAGAGCGGCGGCCGGCGGGCCGACCGGAGCCCGAGCGUGGAGAUCGUCUACGAGGGCGUCGUCUCCCCGGACGCCUCGCGGACCCCGGCCCGCGAGCGGCGGCGGAAGCGACGGCGAGGGAUCCGGCGCGGCAGCUCGCCGCUCAUCAUCACGCUGGACAGCGACAGCAGCCUGGACGCCGCCGGCAGCAGCAGUCCGAUCAGCAGCCAGCAGACCGUCGACUUCUCGGACCUCCCCGCUCUCCCGUCGGUGCGCUCGGGCGGAGGGGGCGGAGCCCUGGGCGGCGCGGAAAUCGGCGAGCUUCCCGUCGACAUCCUGGACCGGGGUUCCGAAGGGUCGGAGGUCGCCGACGGCGACCGCGACGUGGACGUGGAAAACCUCGAGGAGAGCGGCUUCCUGCUGAACGACGACGAAGGACCAAUGGGAGCCGCCGCCGCGAAUCCGAAAGGCUCUCGGCCAAUGGGAGAGAAGGACGCCGCUGCAAAUCCGCCCGAGGCUUUAUCCUCGGACGGCCGUCUCCUCGCCUCCAUCCUCGACGACCUGAAGGGAAACUUUGACCCCGGGUUCCAUCGGCGCGGCGCGGCGAGACCGGCGGACAGGAAGCGGCGCUUCGACUCGCCGGCGUCCAGAACGGAGGUGAAGGAGGCCCCUCCCCUCCUGAAGCAGGCGAGUCCCGUCAGGUCGUACAACAGGAACACGCCGCCGCCGCUAAAGCACAAAGACGCCGGGAGUCCGCGCCGCUCGCCGGCGCCCUCGUCCCGCGGCGCCGCCGACCUCAAGUGGAACCCCGUCGGCUCCGAAGGCCCCUCGUCGACGCCGAGGAGACGUUUCGCGAGAGGCGAUCCGGCCGCCGCGAGCGGCGCCUCAGCCGAUGUUGUGCGUUCCCGCCGUCAUUUGGCGCCCGUCGACUCACCCUCGGCUCGCUCUGAGCUCCGAGCCCGGUCGGCGUCUUCUCGUUCGCAUCUGGAGUUCAAUCCUGCAAAGUUACAUUCCGAGGAAAUAUCCUCUUCUGGUCUGAGCGACUCGCAUCCAGCCAAUUCUUCACCUGCCUUUGAUUUCCAUUCAACAGAGACUGGCUGGUCCAAUCAAAAGCCGGCUGCUGAUUCUACCUCCUCGGGUCUCAGGGGGGAGACCGGCGGGACGCCUUCUCGCCCGGUAGCGCCCGUUGACCUCCAUCCUACCAGCGCUGCUUCUGCUGGAGACACCGGGGGCGUCCACCAUGACGACGCUCCGCCCCCUGCUUUGGUUUCACCCGUUGAUUUCAGGACUCGGAUCCCCUCCUCGCCCGUUGACUCCCACUCGCCCAGUGAGAGAGAGGGGCGCUUGCCCUCUACAGGUAGCUCGGUGGAGCCCGUUGACGUGCAUCCUGGUCCCAGAUCUACCGUUGACCUCCACUCUUCCAGAGCGGCUGCAGGAGAACUGACUGACGUCAAGGUGUCAUCGUUAGCCAAUCACGGGGCCGGAUGGCCUUGCGCUCGCCUGGCACCCGUUGACGUGCAUUGUCCUUUUCAACCCGUUAACGUACAUUCUUCUAGCACCACGACAGGUAAACACCUGAGACGCACGUCCUUAUCCUCCGCUACCAUUGACGCCCUCUCAGAACACGGUGUCUCCAUUGGCGCCCGCUCAAAACCUCUACACCUCCGCAACCACUUUGAUCCAAGAUCCCGUUUCUCCAUUGACGCCCACUCGGAACUCGGUGUCCCCAUUGACGCCCUCUCGGAACCAGAACACGGUCUCUCCAUUGACGCCCGCUCAAAACCUCUACACCUCCGCAACCACUUUGAUCCAAGAUCCCGUUUCUCCAUUGACGCCCGCUCGGAACUCGGUGUCCCCAUUGACGCCCUCUCGGAACCAGAACACGGUGUCUCCAUUGACGCCCUCUCGGAACACGGUGUCCCCAUUGACACCUGCUCAAAACCUCUACACCUCCGCAACCACUUUGAUCCAAGAUCCCGUUUCUCCAUUGACGCCCGCUCGGAACUCGGUGUCCCCAUUGACUCCCUCUUGGAACACGGUCUCUCCAUUGACGCCCUCUCGGAACACGGUGUCCCCAUUGACGCCCUCUCGGAACCAGAACACGGUGUCUCCAUUGACGCCCUCUCGGAACCAGAACUCGGUGUCCCCAAUGACGCCCUUUCGGAACACGGUGUCUCCAUUGACGCCCUCUCGGAACACGGUCUCUCCAUUGACUCCUGCUCAAAACCUCUACACCUCCGCAACCACUUUGAUCCAAGAUCCCGUUUCUCCUUUGACGCCCGCUUGGAACUCGGUGUCCCCAUUGACGCCCUCUCGGAACCAGAACUCUGUGUCCCCAUUGACGCCCUCUUGGAACCAGAACUCGGUGUCUCCAUUGACGCCCUCUCGGAACCAGAACUCGGUGUCCCCAUUGACGCCCUCUCGGAACCAGAACACGGUGUCUCCAUUGACGCCCUCUCGGAACCAGAACACGGUGUCUCCAUUGACGCCCUCUCGGAACCAGAACACGGUGUCCCCAUUGACGCCCUCUCGGAACCAGAACACGGUGUCCCCAUUGACGCCCUCUCGGAACCAGAACACGGUGUCCCCAUUGACGCCCUCUCGGAACCAGAACACGGUGUCUCCAUUGACGCCCUCUUAGAACCAGAACACGGUGUCUCCAUUGACGCCCUCUUAGAACCAGAACACGGUGUCCCCAUUGACGCCCUCUUGGAACCAGAACACGGUGUCCACAUUGACGCCCUCUCGGAACCAGAACACGGUGUCCCCAUUGACGCCCUCUCAGUUCUUUGAAGAUCAAAGUUUAAAUGAUUAUUUUCACAUGUGACUUGUUUCUUUUUGUGGGCGUGGACUCUAAUGUGGACGGAUCAAUAUAAAUAUUUACUAUUGAUUAUUGGCACAUUGUGACAUUUUGUUUUCAAUGGUUAAAAUUAGGUUUUAAACUGAACUUGAGUUUUGAUUAUCAAUUCAAAAACUAUUUUUUAUGUCUUAUGGUCUUAAUCUUUAUAUAAUUAUUGAUUGGUUGACUCUGGAGGUGAUAAGCCCCGCCCACUUCAGUAUCAUAAGCCCCGCCUCCUGUCUCAAAUGUAGUCUGAAAUAAACAGAAAUUCAAGUAAAAGUAA